GAUGGCGCAGGGGAGGGCGGUGCCAAAGCCGCCCUGCGCCUUCAGAGCGGGCUGGGAGGGCCAGUGGGCAGCGCUGCAGAGGGCCAGGGCGGAGGCCACGGGCCGAGGGGGUGGGGAGACCUCCUGGCCGCAGUGGGCAGCGGCCAGUGGUGAGUGGGCAGCGGCUGGUGCUGGUGGGCAGCGGUGGCGCCGCCAUUGGGCCGCGGAGCUGUCCGUGAGGCCAGCUGGGCGGGGCCAAGACGGCUCUGCCCUUUGCGGAGGGCGCUCGGGAUCGAGGAUGCUGAUCGCUGCGGGCAGCGGGCGCGCCAUGCUCCGCCGCAGCCGCCGCAGCCGCCGCAGCCGCCUCCACCGCGCCGCGCUGCGCCAACGCCCGCCUGGUGCCAGCACUGCGGAGGCACUGGGGGUGGAGCCGUCCCCGGCCACCCGGCGGGGCGUCGGGCGUCUCGGGCGCUGCUCCGAGCCUCAGUUUCCCCGCCGAUCCAUUUGCUGCGGACCCGCCUGGCUCCUGGGAGGAUGAUCUCAGUUCACUGCUUCAUCCUGGUCACUGCCUGCCCGGAGGCAGACUUUGGCCAACUCCUGAAUGAGUUCUGCCUCACCAAGUUUAAAUUGGAAAUGGACGAGAUUGACAAAAAUCUUUGGUGUGACUGGGGUCAGACAGUCAAGAGUUACCGAGAGGUCACCAACUGCACCUACCUUGUUGCCCAGAAGCUGGACUGCUACUGGCCCGGGCCCCAGGUGAACGACUUCUUCAUCACGAUUCACAGGAACUACUUCCACGACUGCCCUGCCACAGGACGGGUCCCGAAAGACCCCCCCAGCAACGUCCUCUGCCCCUUCAUCAUUGCGCCCAUCUUGGUGACGCUCCUUGGGACGGCGCUGGUGGUGUACAAGAGUCAGCGGAACGAGGGCAUCGUGUAGAGCCCCACCAACCCAGGGGGCGCCUCUCGGGGCUUCCGCACCCGUGGACACACCUGACGUCACGACCUGAGACUGUGGGGUGGUCACUCUUGUGGAGCAUGCUGGGAAGGAUGGGGGUGGGGGCUUCCCUGGGUGUGCUGGCCCUGAGGGUGGACGGGCAAAGACGAUAGGAAGGCAGACCACAAGCAGUCUCAUUUGUUCCCUCAAAACAUGCCCCCCAAGCCCUGCCCCAUAGCUUUUAGUUGCUAGCAGAUUUGAGAACUGAGUUUAAACGAGCCAAAGGGGCCGACAUAGUGUUGACGUUGGCCGAGGAUCCAUCAGGCAGAGAUGCUGUAAGUAGAAAUGGUUUCCUGGGAAGUCUCUAGCCAAGUGUUUCCCCCGAAGCGUGUCCAUCCUCCAGAUGGGCUCCUCUGGCCUUCCAGUGUUUCCAAUGUAUAAAAUAUGUUAUGAUGCUGUACAUGGAACAAGCUGUGUUUGGGUGAUUAAAGACACAGUCUCAAAUA